AUGAGCGCACUGCCGCCGCAAACGGCGCCGUACCACCAGCCCGCCACCCUUGAAGAAGUCCGCACCCUUUGGAUUGGCGAUUUGCCUUAUUGGGCCGACGAGUCAUACCUCCACAGCUGGUUCUCCAACACCGGCGAGGUAAUUUCUAUUAAAGUAAUUCGGAAUAAAAUCACAGGCCAACCCGAGGGUUAUGGGUUUGUGGAGUUUACUUCGCAUCAAGUAGCUGAAAGGGUUCUACAAUCCUACAAUGGAACACAAAUUCCUGGGACUGAGCUAACAUUUCGGUUGAAUUGGGCAUCAUUUGGGAUAGGAGAAAAGCGUAUUGAUACUGGACCAGAGCACUCUAUUUUUGUUGGGGAUCUAGCACCUGACGUCACAGAUUAUUUGUUGCAAGAGACUUUUCGAACCCAUUAUUCCUCAGUAAGGGGGGCCAAGGUAGUGACUGAUCCAAACACGGGCCGCUCCAAGGGAUAUGGGUUUGUUAAGUUCGCCGAUGAAAACGAAAGGAACCGAGCUAUGACUGAGAUGAAUGGUGUAUAUUGCUCAACUAGGCCCAUGCGCAUUAGUGCAGCGACUCCUAAGAAAACAGCAACUGGUGUUCAACAGCCUUAUGCUGCACCUAAAGCAUUAUAUCCAGCUCCAGUUUAUACUCCGCCGGUUCAGACAGUUCCAGUGGAUAACGAUAUAAAUAACACUACCGUUUUUAUCGCUAAUCUGGACCCUAAUGUCACAGAAGAAGAACUGAAACAGAUAUAUUUGCAAUUUGGGGAGAUCAUUUCUAUCAAAAUUCCGGCAACCAAGGGUUGUGGCUUUGUGCAGUUUGCCACCAGGACAUCCGCAGAAGAAUCAAUCCAGAGGAUGCAAGGUACUAUGAUUGGUCAACAAGUAGUUCACCUUUCUUGGGGAAGGAAUCCAGCGGCAAAACAGGAUGUAUCUGGCAUCUGGGGUCAAUCAGCAGAUCCAACGAGUCAGUGGAGUGCUUAUUAUGCUUAUGGACAAGGAUACGAUGCCUAUGCAUAUGGAGCUACUCAGGAUCCUUCAGCAUAUGCAUAUGGUGCAUAUGCUGGUUACUUACAGUACCCUCAACAGGCUGAAGGUGCUCAGGACGUGGCAGCUAUGUCGGGUGUUGCUCCAGCUAUGGAACACAGAGAGGAAAUCUACGAUCCUAUGGCUAUGCCAGAUGUUGACAAGUUGAAUGCUGCCUAUCUUGCUGUUCAUGGAAGGGCUAUUUUGGGACGGCCUUUGUGGCAGAGAACCUCAUCGCUGUCAUAG